AUCUUGCCACGUGGUAUGUACCACUGCCAGUUGUCUCCUACGUAUCUAAAAUUCCCCACGCUUUGUUCCUGCUUCUCCCUCUGACGUCAGCCACCUUCCUGCAGUUUGCUUCGUUUCAUGUCGCUUAUCCUUCAAAUGUCGGCAGCCAGCGGCCCACAUCGUGUCCAUCUUUGUCUUCUCUUUCAUUCACGUUCACCUCCCUCAGUCGUUCCUGCUAUUUAGAAGCUUCAUCUGAAUCAUCUUGUACUGCUCACUUCACUCUCUCUCUCAUGGAUUCCUUAUCCCUUUUCUUCCUCAUUUUUUCUUUAACUGUGCAUGCUCGUGCUCAGCUUCCCGGCACGUGGGAGCUGCUGGUUCCCGACGCCGGCAUCGCCUCCAUGCACACUGCCGUCACCCGCUUUAACACUGUCGUCCUCCUCGACCGGACCAACAUCGGACCGUCUAGAAAAUUCCUCCACAAAGGUCGCUGCCGCUUCGACAAAAAUGACCCUGUUCUGAAACGCGAUUGCUACGCUCACUCUGUUCAACUAGACUUACAAACCAACCAAAUCCGACCACUCAUGAUACUCACUGAUACUUGGUGCUCGUCGGGUCAGUUCCUGCCCGACGGUACCCUCUUGCAAACGGGUGGGGAUUCGGACGGGUUAAAGAAGAUACGAAAGUUCGAACCAUGCGAACCGAAUGGGUCGUGUGACUGGGUGGAGCUAGAAGACGUCGAAUUAGCUGAGGGACGGUGGUACGCCACAAACCAGAUAUUACCGGACGGUUCAGUGAUUAUCGUCGGAGGGAGAGGAACUAAUACGGUGGAAUAUUACCCACCGAGGAGGAACGGCGCCGUUUCGUUUCCGUUCCUCGCUGACGUGGAGGACACCCAGUUGGACAACUUGUACCCUUAUGUGCACCUCCUCCCAAACGGGUAUCUCUUCAUCUUCGCCAACACGAAAUCUGUGUUAUACGACCAUCAAAGCAAUAAAAUCCUGAAAAAUUUUCCACCUUUGGAUGGAGGCCCGCGGAACUACCCGUCGGCCGGAUCGUCGGCAAUGUUGGCACUUCGUGGAGACUACUCCAUGGCUGAGAUUGUCAUCUGCGGUGGAGCCGAAUACGGUGCGUUUCUUCAAAAAACCAGUGAUACCCCCGCGCACGGCAGCUGUGGCCGCCUGGUCGCAACGGAUCCGAAUCCGGUUUGGCAAAUGGAGGACAUGCCGAUGGGUCGGAUCAUGGGAGACAUGGUGAUGCUCCCCACCGGCGACGUAUUGAUCAUCAAUGGCGCACAAUCGGGGACGCAAGGGUUUGAGAUGGCUUCAGACCCGUGCUUGUACCCACUUUUAUAUCGACCUGACCAACCGAUCGGAUUACGUUUCAUGACCCUCAACCCGGGUACGAUACCCAGACUGUACCACUCAACAGCAAACUUGUUACCUGAUGGGAGGGUGUUACUUGCAGGAAGCAAUCCACACUAUUUCUACAAAUUCGAUGCCGAAUUUCCCACGGAGAUGCGGAUUGAAGCGUUCUCGCCGGAGUAUUUAUCAGCGGACAGGGCAAACAUCCGACCCGCAAUCGAGAUGAUACCGGAGACGGUACGUUAUGGUGGAAAGUUCGACGUGUCAAUAUCGGUUUCGUUGCCAGUGGUGGGAAUAGUGGAAGUGAAUUUGGGAAGCGCGCCAUUUGCAACACAUUCUUUUUCCCACGGUCAACGUCUGGUCAAACUAGCCGUUACAUCUGCAGUGCCGGACGGUGACGGACGGUACAAGAUUGAGUGUACGGCACCGCCUAACGCCGCCGUUGCUCCGCCUGGUUACUACAUGGCAUUUGCGGUUAAUCAAGGCGUGCCGAGCGUGGCUCGUUGGGUGCAACUCAUUGCAUAGCCCUCUGUUUUUAGCAUCAAGAUUCGAUUGCUCUGGAAAAAUUGAAUCAUGGCUUUUAUUUAUGUACUUUGGUUGUUAAUUCAGCAAUUGUUGAUAUGAAACAUUCCUCUUAAUUGUUUAUUU